AUGCACAACGGCAGCAAGGUAACGGUAGUCGGGGCAGGGAACGUCGGAGCGACUGCCGCCCAGCGAAUCUUCGACAAGGGAUACGCCGAUGUCGUCCUCGUGGACAUCGUCGAUGGCCUGCCGCAGGGCAAGGCCGUCGACAUCCUCGAAUCGGGCCCCGUCUCCGGCAGUGACGCCUCGAUUGUCGGCGCCAACACCUACGAGGAGACCGCUGGCUCGGACGUGGUCGUCAUCACUUCCGGCAUCGCCCGCAAGCCGGGCAUGUCGCGCGACGACCUGCUGCUCACCAACAUGAAGAUCGUCACGAGCGUCGUCAACGAGGUCGUGGCACAAUCGCCCGACACCGUCCUCAUGCCCGUUACCAACCCCCUCGACGCCAUGGCGCAGCGCGCGUUCCAGGUCAGCGGAUUCCCGAAGCAGCGGGUCGUCGGCAUGCCGGACAUUCUGGACACCGCGCGAUUCCGCACCUUCCUCGCGAUGGAGCGACUCGACGUCUCCGUCGAGAGCAUCGACGCCUGGGUGCUCGGCGGACACGGCGACUCCAUGGUGCCGGUCGUCGGGAGCACCAUCGUGGGCGGCCAACCCAUCUCGAAGCUCAUCCCGAAAGGUCGCCUCGACGCCAUCGUCAAGCGCACACAGGACGGAGGCGCUGAGAUCGUCAACUACCUCAAGACGGGCAGCGCCUACUACGCCCCGUCUCUGCCGCCAUCGUCCAGAUGGUCGAGGCCAUCCUCUUCGACAAGAAGCAGACUCUCCCUUGCACCGCCUACCUCGAAGGCGAGUACGGAUCGACGGACUCUUCGUCGGAGUCCCGGUCAAGCUGGGAGCGAACGGCGUGGAAGAGAUCAUCGAGUUCGACCUCACCGACGACGAAUCGGCCGCCCUCUCCAACGCUCCGCCGAUGCCGUCCGGGAACUGGUCGAAGUGAUGGACAAUGCCAACGGAUGA